ACCUUUUCCAUUCAAAUCUGUGUAAAUCCUGGGUUGGCCUAAAUGGACCAACUGGCGCUUGUACUGCACGUGUACCACAAACUCUGGUACUAUUAUUAACUCCAUAGAAAAACAAACAGUCUAUUGGGCGCAACAACGUACGUCGACUCUAGUACCGCACUGGCUCGAUCUGGAUCCUGGAUGAGUGCCAAAGCCACUAUUCUACUUAUAGUUUGGCUUAAAAGUAAAGUUCGAUCCGACAUAAUAAAGUUUUGUGAUUAAAUAUUUUAUGUGUAUUUAAACUAAAGUACAUUUGGACAAUAAUAUUUUCUCGGGGAUUGAAGUGACUCAAGUGCGUGUGGCUUUGACUUUGUAAUUGAAGUACUUUUUUUAAUUAAGGCGUCAUCAAGCGCGGCCAUUUUCUUGGGUACUUCGACAGGAAGUAAAAAUACGUGGGUCCUUUGUUUAUCGUUCGUUCGUUAUUUGAAUUUGAUAAUUUUCUAUUUGCAUGUUGAAUUUAAAUUUCCUUUUGAAGAUAAUAAAUUAUUAUUGGGAUUUCAUUAAAAGAAGCACCAAUUGAAUUAUUUGAUUAAACUUUUUAUUCAAUAUUUAAUCAUUAUUUAAGGCUACACCCUUUUUUAUGACUGUGCCCCAAUUAAGGCAAAAUGCCCUCAACAAUGAUAAAAACAGACACUUUAAAACCGGGCAUUUUAUAAAAAAAGACAUGAUCGUGCUACUGCUGUGUUGUAUGAUGAAGAUCGUGGAAUUUUCCACGGGAAGAUCGCCGCUGAAAUGUAAACCCAAACCGCAAGGAAAAUUCAGGAAAUUCAGGAAAAGAAAGGGUAGAGGCAUCAUGACUGAGGCAGGAGUGUUACGUGCAAGCCCCGAUUCUGAUUGCAACAGCAACCUCAGGGGCUCCUGCCUUAGCACUACCUCAUCGCAGGAUGUCGAUUUUGUACAGGACAACUCGGAUUACCAAUGGUUUUUGGACUAUGGGUACAGAGAUGGAGGCACGAAUCAUCACACCAGCAUCCUGUCGCUUCCAGAAACUUACGAGGCAGGUGACAAUUAUUACGAUGUUCUGGCUAAAAAUAUGGAUGCUAAUCUUGCCGAGGCUGACAUGGAAAGUUUUAAAACUGAAGACAUUCAUGCUUUGCUGACUAACCUUCCUCCUAUGUGUACUGACCACCUGAGCCAAGAAACAAACAGACAAGGCGAAUCUUUUGCUGAAGUAUCCGGAUCAAUGAUGGGCAAAUUCGAUUUAGACAGCUUCAUUAGUCCGCAUGGUAGCUCUCAGGGCGAAGACUGUUCAGCAAACUCGACGUCGAUGUCCAUCUGCAAAUCCGAACUCCUCUUCAGUCCAGUGAAAGAAACGCCGAUGCCUGGUGCUAAUUUUUCAGUGGAUUCGCUGGAUUGUGAUUUACACGACAUGAUGCUAACUUGUCAAGCUAAUAAGGAUAACUAUACCAUUGCUUUCGAAGGAUCAGUUACUAUGUAUAGUGAAGAUAGUGAUUAUCAUGAUACAGACAAAAGUUCCUCAAAUUCGAACCCUUCAAAUCAGUCAGGCAGUUUAAACAUAGAAACUAAACGCAAAAAUAACAACAUUGAAAACGCCCAAGGAUCAAUGACUCAAUCUGAUUCAAGCAGUUUUACCACUUGGAGUAAAUUAAAGAAAAGAAGCAGUGACGAUCAUCUGAGACGGCCCUCAGAAAACAAUAACAACUCAGAAGAUGAAAGCCAUUUGAUUUCGAGUGAUACAGGUGCAAUUAAAAGUCAAAGUUUGCCUAACUUGUAUAAGCAAAAAUUGAAGCACUUGCUUGUCAAAGAAGAAGAUUCUCUUAGUAAUAGUUCAAAUGACACUACAAUUAAACGCAGACCAGUAAAAUUAUUCGAUAUUCACCAUCAAAUUCAAAGCAGCAGCGGUAGUGGCUCGUUUUCGGAAAUGGCUACUUCUGUAGAUGCCAGCAGUUGUGAUGGCUCAAAUAAACCUCCAAACUUCAAUUUGGUAAAGCUUUUUAUGAAACAGAAAAGUAUGAGCCAAGAAGGCAUGUCACUAACAACUGAUCAUUUAUCUUCAUCGGAUAAUUGGCCAGCAUCUCAAAGCGGUGAGAGUUCAGGCUCGGACACUAAAAACCUAUUGGACAAGAAGCUGGAACUCAGUAAUGAUCAAAAAAUAAUUGAGAGCAGCGUCAGGACUUAUGAUUUAAUAGCUGAGGAACCUGAAGAAAUUUCCAAAAGUGAAUCUAUUGAACAAUUAUCAGAAAGUAUUAGUAAAAUUGAGUCAAUGAGCUCUGAUAAACAGAAUAUGAAUAACAAUGGUAAUAAACGUCUUAAAGCCCUCAGUCCCAAACUACUCCAACUCAAAAGCGAUCUUUUGGACAGAAGCAUCCAAACAUCUCAAUUCUCAGAAAUACUAAACCUUAAAAACGCCACUAAAUCAAUUCCAGGCUCAAAUCAACCAGUAAAACUUAUUGAACCAUCCUUCCUAAGCAAGCUCAAAAAGGAAGGUGAAAUUCAAAAACCAGUCUAUGUCCUCUACCCAAACUACGUUCUUCCUGACUUAGCCUUUUUAAGUGAAAAAAGCGACGUUGAAAAUAUCUUAUUUAUACCACAAAAUCCACCAAAGAUUUCUUCAAUUAACAGACGAAGACCGUUUAGUUUUAAUGAUAUUGAAAUGCUUAAACGUAAGGGCUUCAAUCAUGUUAGAGAUUGGGAUUCUUUGAACGUGCUUUUGCCACAAGAAUACAGAAAAAUUUUAGCUGAUAUUCCAGAAGUUUCAAAUCAUAUCAAGGUCAAUGCAAAGGAUAGACCAUCAUUUGUGAGGACGAAAAAACGUCCUUUGAGUUGUGAAAUAAUGCAGACCAACAUAUCAUCUAGCUCAAGCACAGCUACACAACCUAGUAGCGGUUAUAGAGGAUCUUCCAGUUUAUUAACAGACUCACAAAAUAGCCCCGCUAUCCAAGGAAAUCAUAAUCCAUUAUUUGUUUAUCGCUAUGAUAGUGUCACUAGUUCAGAAGCAAGCCUUUUAAAUAGUGAUAAACAAGCGCAGUGCAUUACAACAACUCCACCCUGUCCUGUAAAAUGUGUGAGUCAUCAAGAAAGUAUACCUCCAAGGCCUCCAUUACCCAGAGGAAUUUUACGUAAAGCUGAGUUGAAUAAGCGUUAUAGCAAUGAGACUAGUGAAGAUGACUUAGCCAAUGAUGAGCUAAACUACAAAAGAAGAUCAAUCCCAGACCUCUUCUACUUAAACCGCAACAAGCGCCUAUCUGAAACAGAAGAUGAAGGAGUAGAUGCUGGUACUUCAAGCAGUAGUCUAGAUGAAAGAGAAAGCCUUACAACAAAACAUAUUUUGCCUCAUAUGAGCACCGACGAACUUCAACAACUUGAAGAAUUUCUGAAAUUGAGCGGACUUUCAGUCUCAGAUGAAGAAAAGACUGAAGAAAGCUUGAUGCAUUUGCGCAGCUACGUGUCCAAGUUUCUGGCUUUGAAAAUCAAUCAAGACGAUUCAGAUAAUUUCGGUGGCAAAAAAUCCGUUAGUUUUGCUGAAAAAGUAAACAUCACUCAACGUCAUUUGGAUGCUCAGCACAUCAGCAACCCACCUAAUAAUUCACCAAACGUUUCAGCUUUCCUUGUACAGCGCAAUUUUCAACCUAAAACUGUAACAGAUAUGACUAUUUGUGAAGAAAACGAAAACAGCCCUAAUUAUUCAUCUCCACAACCAACUCCUGUACAUUUGUGUAAAACAGCUUCAGAUAAUUACUUACAAAAACGAUCAUUGAUUAAUGGAGUUUUGGACGCGGUGGAGCAAAUAAUGCAGCACUUUUCGCCAGCUUCAAACCAGCAAGAGCUAAACGCUUUAGGAGAUUCAAGCAUUAAUCCAGCCUGCGCUAAGCUGGCUUUGUCCACUUUAUGUCCUGCCUUGUAUGCUGUACUUAGCGAUGGCUUAAAGCCCUGCUUGGAAACCAGCUUUGGAGCUAUUAAUAAUUCAGUUUGGCAAGUUGUUGAAGCAUCUUCACAACAGGGACCUUUAACAAAAGCACUUAAUGAUUUAGUUAUGAAGAUUAACAGUGAAGAUGUCAUUAGUGAGGGAUUAGUAAAAUUCAAUGCCUUUAUUUUUGGCUUGCUCAAUGUGAGAUCUUUGGAUGCUUGGACCAGCUAUUUGCGUACAAGAGAGAGCAUUCUCAAGAAGCAUUAUACGGCGGACUCGUUGCUGGUUGUCUCUAAUACUGGCGGGACUAAUUUAAGAAGCAUGCUUGAUACGAUGGUAGCGGCCUUGCAACCUUUGGCUUUUCUUCCGUUUCAGUUUGAUUUACUUUUCGAGUAUAAGGAGCUGCAUUUCAGCUUCAAACGGAUGGACUCGUUUCAUCAGGCUCUUAGUCCUACACAAAAGUAUUCUCCAUCUCCAAAUUACAAACAAUUCCUGUCAGCAAAAUAUGGUAUUUCGAGUCGUUCCAAUUCAGAAUCUGAAGAUAUAUCAUCUGGGACAGUUAAAAAUAACGACAAGAGUUUACCCGAAACCGCUGAAACUUUGACCAAAUUGAGAAGAAGUGACAAGGAACGUCCAAGAAGUUGCGUGGGCGAGCCUGGACUUCCUAGUAACUCGCCAAACUUCAAGCUUGGAGAAGAUAUGAAUAAUAUUGCUAAGAAAAGGUGGUCUGGAAUUGCUACCAACUCCAAACUUUACCAAGUUUACGAUAGACUUUCAAAGGAUGAAGAAGAAUAUACGGAUAGUUUGGAAAAUCAACAAUCACAACAACCUCCUGUGAAGAUGUUUGCUCAACCCGAAAAACUCACACCAGGAGAAGAACGUUUGGAUUCUUUGGAUUCAAACUUUUCUGAUGAAAAACCUUUAAAUGGAAGAAGAUUUAAAAAAUUGCAGCAAAGAUGGGAAAUGUUGAGCAACAAAGAAUCAUUUGAAAAGGAUUCACCGCCUCCUAGUCCAACUCAUGCUAAUCCAAAAUCAAAAAUACCAAGACCAAUCACAUCUCCAAUUAGACCUUCAGGUAUCCCUGUACUAGUUUCACCACCACCUAAACCUUCAGCAUUGAAAAAACUAGUUGGCCCUCAAGCGACAAAUUCGCCAAGCAAAAAGGGCGUGAUAAGGACAAGCAGGGUGGAUCAAGUGGAAUCGAACCACAACACUCAAAGGCCCAGCAGCUUACCUUACAAACCAGCCGGCCAGAGUAGUAAAACUUCUAAAAUUGUACCUCAGAGGCGUGCAGUGUCGAGUUCUUUGAGCCGACGACCUAUUGCAGGUGGUAGAAAUAUAACUCCAAACGAUUUCUACACAAUAUACGAAAAUGGUGAUGGCACCGGCACAUAAUCUAAAAUUCUCACUUUUAUUUGAUACAUAAGACUGUUAGGACCCUGAGCCACAGGCUGCCCUCAGAAAGCGGUCACUUGUCCUAUAACGAAGGCGAAAUUCUCAAAGUGGUUCUGGAAGUCGAUAAUAAGUGGCUACUGUGCUGCAGAGGCACCCAAAAAGGGCUGGUUCCCAAAUCGGCAGUGAUUGUCGAUACCGAAAGAUUUUGAUAGAUUAACAAUACUAGUCUAACCUGAGUUGUGCGUGAUUUAAAAUUAUUGAUACAACAUUUGAAAGGCGAAAUUUGCUAGAAGACUUAAUUAAAAAAAAAAAAAAUAUGUAUAACUAAUAACCAAAGGUUUAACUAUAUUAAUUAAAAUUUUAAGUAGCGAACAUGCUUUAUUAUAAUAUAAGACUUCAAAAUGUAUAAAGCUUAUAUUAGAGUGAUGUUGUGAUGUAUUAUAUAAAAUCUAAAUUUUAGUUCUAAGAAAAAAACUAAUUAAUAUUUAUAUGUAUUAUACAUUUUAGGGCGCUACCUAUAUAGAUCAAAGUUAAUAGGUAUAUUAUUGCAAAAAAAAGUAUUUAGAACCAUGUUGUCAGCUUAUUGUUCAGCUUUAAUAUCUUAUAGGCUUAUUUGUUUCAAAUGGCACAUUUAUAAAUAUUAGGUCACCAAAUAUAAUUUAUUAAUAUUAGUGGAGCUUUAAAGGAAUUUAUAUACUAACUGUGCUUAAUUGGUAUUUAUAGAUCUGAUAUUAGAGAAAAAUAAUUAUCAAAUUAUCCAACAUUUUAGCUAGAUGUUUACUAACAAAAAAACUAUAGGUGGUUGGGUCUUAAUUUCUGGAUUUUGUAUACAAGUUUUAUACGGAAAUUACUAACAUUCAUCCUGCAUCCGAACAUUCCAUUCCUUAAGUUACUAACAUUAGAUUUAAUAAAUUUGCGUAUAAAAUUUGAUGUAAUAAUAUUGCCUUUCCACUUAUUAAAGCAAUAUGAAAACAGUUUUUUUUCAUUAUUGCUUUAAUACCUUUCCUUGCAUGCUAAUAGUUUCUCUACAUCACCAGAGUAUACAAAAUCUUGCACCAAGUUAGUUCACUAAAAAAUUUAAAUAAAGUCUUAUUUAAAUUUUGAUUGUGAAUGAAGCACACUUUUUUUUUCACAGGUUUUUCUGCACCUUUUUUCUAGGAGGCAGCGUUGUCCAAGUAUUUUUCAAUACCUGCGGAUCCAACCAAAAAUAGCCCUUAGUUCACUGUUUUUCUUCAACUAACAUUUUCUUUGUCCUUUUAAUAUUACCUUGUAACAUUUUGGUUUUAGCUAUGGUGUUGGAUAAUUUUCAAAUUAACUCAUUUUAAUGGAAUUGUGUCAUAUUUUACUCAUGUAGGUACUUUUAUAUAAAGACCUUUGUUGUAUAUUUUUCAAGUUCUAAACAAAAAUUGCUUUUAUUUACUUUUUUUUCUGUAUAUAUUGAAAUCUAUAUUGCAUAUCGGCAGUGUGUCUUCUGUGAUUAUUGUCAUUGCGACCCUUUUUUUCUUUGAGAUGUUUAUAUUUUGUCCUGUUAAUGCACACUGCAUUGUAUGUGUCGAUCGACUCGAGAAAAUUCCGAUUUAAUUUGUAUUUAACGUUAAGAUUUGAUAUUAUUUUUUAUUUUAUGUUGUGCCAUAAGAAUUUUCAUUUUGUAAUUUUUUUUUCUUUUGUCAUUUUUGUUACCUUUUACGCUACCAGUUUAAAAACCUGUAAUUAUUCUAAGAAAUAAAGCGUAUUCAUAAUAUAAUUUUUGUUGUUUAGUUUUGAUUAGGUAAUAAAUCAUUGGA